AUGAGACUUAAAGUUGUUACAAAGAAGGAUCAAGCAGUGCUGAGUGUAGACGAUGAAUCCACAGUAGAACAGUUAUUGGACAAGUUGGUCCAGGAGGGAAUUGUUCAAAAUGAAGAUGAAUUCAAUAUUAAGGCUGGGUUCCCUCCAAAGAAUUUAGAUUUGAUUGGUGGUAAUAAAUUAUUGGAUUUGGGUGUACGAGCUGGUGAUAAAUUAAUAAUUGAAGAAGUUAAAAAGAGUGGUGAUGAUCUUGUUGAAGAGUCCGCACCUGCAAAGAAACAAAAGAUUGAAUUGACACCAAAAUCUAUAGAGAAAGGAGCAAAGUCCGUUCCUUUUGGUGAUGGUUCAGUUGACCUUUAUACAAUUCCAGAUAAUAAUUCAUGCCUAUUUGAAUCAUUGAAAUAUUUAACAAAGACAUCAGUGGAUCUUCGUGAAAUUGUCGCUCAAUAUAUAAUGGCUGAUCCAAUCAACUAUAAUGAUGCAAUCUUGGGGAAGCCUGUUGAACAAUAUGUUCAGUGGAUCACAAAGAAAACCAGUUGGGGUGGUGCAAUUGAAUUACAAAUUUUAAGUUCAUUUUUGAAUGUGACUGUGAACUCCAUUGAUGUUGAAACUGGUCGUGUGGAUUCUUUUAACCCAGAUGCCUCUAAAUAUAUUGUUGUGCUCUAUACAGGUAUCCAUUAUGAUGCUGUUGUGUUUAAAGAGCAUGGUAAAGAAACCACGAUUUUUGAAAAAACCUCGAAACUAGGCUCAGAUUUCAUUGGUGGUGCUAAAUCGUUGGCGAAUGGUUUAAACCAUAAAGGUUACGUUACAAAUACCAACACGUUUAAAGUUAAAUGUAAAACUUGUGGAUCAGUUUUAGACGGUGAAAAGGGUGUUACCGAACAUGCUUCAAAAGCUGGACAUUUUGACUUUGGUGAAGUAUGA